AUGACUAAACCACCUAUAAGUUAUAUAGGAUUAAUAAUAUUAGCUAUACAAAAUAGUCCAGAUCAAAAAUGUACUGUAAAUGGUAUUUAUCAAUAUAUUAUGGAUCAUUAUCCUUAUUAUCGAGAAAAUCAAGCAGAAUGGCAACGAUCUAUUCGAUAUAGUUUAGUAUUCAAUGAGUCUUUUAUUAAAGUUGCACGAAAUGAGAAACAACCAGAUACAACAACAAAUGAUACUGAUUGUUUAGAAUCACCAAAACAUGUCAGUGACUUUCCCACUUCAGUCGAAGCUAGUCAAUCAGGUGAUUAUUUAUCAUUCUACAUUCAUCCAUCAGCAUCAACGAAAAUACCAAACUUUAAUUUUUUUGAUACAACGACAGCUGCUGGAAUAUAUGAUUCAACUGUUAGUUCAUUAUCCAAUGGUAGUAAUAAAACUAAUCUUCAUCAUACUGGACAACAUAUCUAA